AUGAGCAACUUCCAAAAGAAAGAUGUAAGCGGUAUGCCUUCAUCAUCAAGACCACGAGGAAUGUCUGGGGCUGGAUCAGGCGGAUCUGGCCGACCAGCUGUUACAACGCCAAUGUCCGAACGUCAGCAGAUGGCACUGCUGAUGCAAAUGACUUCUGGCACCAACGAUGCAGAAAUGAGCCCCGGAGGUGGAAGUAGCAACUCAGCUCACUCAAGAUCUCGGGAUCGUAUCAAUGAGCGUGGUGAAACUGCGCUUCAUAUAGCGUCGAAGAAAGGUGACCAGGAUUCGGUUAAAAAAUUGUUGGAGCAAGGAGCUAAUCCAAAUGUGACCGAUUUUGCUGGAUGGACUCCUUUGCACGAAGCCUGCAAUCACGGCCAUUACAAUGUUGCACUGGCUUUAGUUAAGGCGGGAGCCAACAUUAAUGCUACCGGAUUGGAAAACGAUACACCGUUGCACGAUGCGGCCAUUACUGGACAACUUAAGCUGGUAAAGAUGCUCGUAGAGCGUGGUGCAGAUCCGACGUUCAAAAAUCAGAAAGGCAAGACACCGUGUGACGUAGCGGCACCGGCUGUAUACAACUAUUUGACCCAGGCGAGAGACAAUACCGUCACCCGCCACGGACAGCAUUUAAAGAAAUCAUCUUCGUCCGAUACCGGCGGUAGCAACGCCAGCAACAGCAGCGGUGGAAGCGGUGGAACGACUGCUGGUUCUGGGUCUGGCACCACAAGCAAGCGUACGCACGGUACCGGUACGAACACGAUGGGUAACACCCACCAGGACAAUGACCAUACCAGUGAGAACACGGGCGUCGCGGGUGGUUUGGGCAGUUCCAGUUCCGGAUCCACCGCCAACAAGGAUAAAGACGAGGACGAUAUUUAUGAGUUUAAAUCAACGCCGAAAGAUUCCAGCUCGAGCUCGAGCGAUGAAAAGGAAAGUGGUGGAACUUCGAACAAGAAAGGAUCUUCCGGGGAUAAAUCGGGCGAGUUAGAUAAGCAAUCGGCCGGUACACAACACCAUGACAAUGAAUCACACGGCACGCAGGAACACGCGCGGGAAGGUACGGGAAGAGAAGGAACGGCCGGCACGCAACAGUCACGGGACGAUUCGCAAACGCAACACUCGUCACUGCCACAAUCCGGGUCAGAAGGCGGCGAAAAGCAGUCUCAAAAGGAGGUACAAUCGACUGGGACAUCAUCUGCAUCGUCGGGGGUUUCUUCCGGGAAUAGUACGAUCGGUACGGAUCAUGGACCGGGCAGUACACCUGCCAAUAGUGGAAGCACAACCAGCGGUAAUAGUGCCGGUGCGGAGCGAUCUAAUACGGGUUUAUCAGCAGGAGGAAGCAGUGCGAGCGGCGUAUCGUCCUCUUCCUCAUCCGCUUCCGGCGUUCCGAAGCGACCGUUUGCCGAACUCAACGAUGGCGCUGACGAAAGUGGCACUACGAACGAAGAUGAAACGAAGCGCAAGAAACGCAAAGAAACAGAUCCGCUCGGUGGUUUGGGUGGCGUUGGUAGUGGUGCUGGUGGAAAAGAUGCUUCCUCAUCCACUUCUGGUACGUCUUCUGGCGGUGGAACGGGCACUUCAUCAUCCUCUUCGUCGGGUAAGUCGAGCGGCAGCGUGAGCGGUAAUCGUGGCUCCACACCGCGUCAGGAAAAAGGUACAAAGUCAACCGGUGUCCCAUCGUCGAAAACUCUCGGUCUAUCGAGUAAAAAUGCAUUGGAUCGUAAAAGUCCCUGCGCCAGCCCGAAACCGUCGCAGGGUGGUGUGGCUGGAGCGGGAGGAAGCAGUGCCAGUGCCGGCAACGUUUCGUCAUCCACAGGAGCAAACGCUGGGAGUAGUGGUGGGACGUCCACAGGAGGAGGAUCUUCUUGCACGGCAAAGGGUGGAUCGUCUGGUACGAGCAGCAGCAACGACAGUGACGGUGAAACUGGCAGUACCGCCACGAUGGGUGGCACCGAAGAUGGAGUGGGUGGAAAGAGCAGCGGUGAGUCCGGGUUUGGUGGUAGUUCCGGCGGUGGUGGUCCGAAAGUUCCACCGUUGAAGAUUGUCAUCCCGCAGCAGAGUACGACGGGUGAUGCGGAAGUUGGAGGAAACACGCGGAAUGGAAAGAACGCUUCGACCAGAAACCAUGCCGCGCUACCGUAUGUGGUGGCGUCCUCCAAUAGUAACGAUUCCACGGCGGACAAGGAAAGCACAUCUUCGCGCAGUGCCAGCCCAGCCGAUUCGAAAAGUUCGGAUGAGAAAAAUCCAUCCCAAGGCAGCACGAAAGACGAACGCACGCAACAACGUGUCCUGCGCAGUUCGCAUCGCGGUGGGAACGGAGGAAAUAGUAACAGUUCCACCAAGGAUGGCAACACGUCCGGUGUCGAUCGGUCGAAUAAUUCCUCCCCUCAGAUGCAACAGCAGGGCAACAGUGGCUCACCAUCCCCACUGUCGAAUGCCAGUGGAUGUGAUUCGGCCGAAAGGAGUACCGGAGGCCAAGGAGCUUCUGGGACAAACGGUGCUGACGGGGGUCGAUCAGCAGGCUCUGUUCAAGCAAGUAGUCCAGCCAGCAGUGGUGCACCGACGGCAACCGUGGGCGAAGGAGACAAUGGAACAUCGGCUGGAAGUGGUGGUAGUGCUGGAUCGGGUGGGAAUGGCAACCCAAAAAGUCCUUCCAGUGUAAGUGGUACAACCGGAGGAGGAAGUGCUGCCGGUUCCAUAACAGGCGCUAGUAACGCUGGAUCCGGUGAAACAAAUGGUGGAGGAAGUGGAAACACCAGUGGUGCUAACAGCACUGGAAAUGUAUCUUCCGCUUCUUCCACCAAUGCUGCCGGUGCACCCAGUAACACUGCAGGAACUUCCGGCAAUGGAACAUCUGCAACCGGCGGACAAUCUUCAACGAACGGCACCGGGAAUGGAUCAACACAGUCUCAAACAACCGGUAUCGGUGCGACCCAAAGCACCAAUUCGUCCUCCUCCACGUCCUCCUCCUCUUCAUCAUCUUCUUCCUCCUCCACAUCGGAAACAUCCGUCCAUCCGCGAAAGCGUAAGAUCAAAACGAGCAAAGAACAAACAUCUGCCUCUUCCGCAACCACCGUUGGUGCUAAUACAACCGGAUCUAGUACAUCCGCGGGAACGGCACCGACCAGUUCUGCGUCGUCAUCGACCACAGCCGGAUCUGGGACCGGCACAACAGGUACGACCACCAACGACGAAAAGAAGGAAAUACGCGAAGAAACUCCGGACGUUCAUCCGCACGAUCAACCGAUCACGAACUGUUACCAGAUGUAUCUGAACAUUCGCAAACAGAUCGAACGGCGUCAGAAAAGUUUGUUCCCGGUACAGCCGAAACCACCGCAGGGUUUCAAGGACUAUCUGAUGAACCGCUGCACGUAUGCACUGGCCGGCAAAACUCCGACAGAACCGAACGUGCAGGUGCCCGCUACCCUGGCUGCCUCGUUGAAGGAUCUUUUCCAGGUGCAGGAAAAGGAACGGCACAAACUACGCAUGCAGCACAUCGUCGAGAAGGAGAAGCUGGUGCUGGCGGUGGAGCAGGAGAUCUUACGCGUACACGGAAGGGCGGCACGGGCCCUCGCCAACCAAUCCCUGCCAUUUUCCAUGUGUACCAUCCUGAAGGACGAAGAGGUGUACAACAUCAUUACGCCCGAGCAGGAGGAAAAGGAUCGUAACGCUCGCAGCCGCUACAAUGGGCGACUGUUUCUAAGCUGGCUGCAGGACGUCGAUGACAAAUGGGAAAAGAUUAAGGAAGCGAUGCUGCUGCGCCAUCACAACGAGGCGGAAAGUUUGCAUGCGGUACAGAAGAUGGACUGGGAGUGGAAAAUGAAGGAACAUUCGCUCUGCGAGUUUAAAGCGAAACCGAUCAUCGACGAUACGUACGUGCCGAUGGUGAACGUGAACGAUGAUUUCGAUUUGCUACCAGCAUAG